AUGGCAAUGCGCCUAAUGAACAUCAACAAUCAAAGUGAGCUGCAGCCCAUUUUACGAGAAAUUGUCUCAAAACCCUUGCCAGUCAGGUUGUUUCUACGUGCUCUGUAUGUCAAUCCUAACAAGACCAAGGCCGAGCUACAGAAUCUGUGUGACAACCUGGACAGCUCCACCACAGCAUCAUCGAACAAUGCAAGGCAAGUACUAAAGUUCUGUAAUCUGACUAGCAACUGCAAGAACUGUUUGCUAUAUAUGUCUAUUUUCCCUGAAGAUACAAUCUUUGAACGGACAAGAUUGGUAAGAAGAUGGGCCGUUGAAGGCAUGACUGCUAAAAGAGGUAGACUAAGUGCACUGCAUGAAGCUGACCACUGUUUUGAUCUGCUUGUCUCCCAUGGGUUUCUUACACCAAGGAACACGUCUGAUACAGCAAAGGUGAAGAGCUAUACAAUGGAUGACAUCAUCCUCGAUAUUGUUACACAGAUUGCAAGAGAAGAUCACUUUGUAAAGAACACCCAUCACCCUGACUUGGCUCAUCGCCUUUCGGUUCACUAUGAAGGCCAACCGCACCAAGCUGAGAAGGAACUAAAUGUAACUCGUUCACAGGCAUGUUGGAAUAUUUGUGGCCACCAAGCAACAGUUGAACAGUCCAAUGCCACUAAAGAGUUUUUGGAGUCACUUCCUUCGUCAAGUCACUCGGGGACUCUGAAAGUGCUUGAUCUAGAAGACUGCAAUGACUUGAAGGACCGCCAUCUGAAAAACAUUUGCAACCAUGUAUUCCACCUAAAGUAUUUGAGCCUUCGGAAAACUGGCAUUACUGAACUACCCAAGCAGCUCGACAAGCUUCAGUCCUUAGAGUUCUUGGACAUUCGUGAAACAAAAGUAAAGGCAUUCGCCAAAAAUUCAGUUUUUCUGCCAAAGCUAAAGCAUCUACUUGCUGGCCACUGGACUGAUGAAGAGCUUGUUGUAAAUGGCAACGUCCAAUCAAAGGAGAAGUUUUCCACCGUGGCAAUGCCCAAACAUAUCGGGGACAUGACAGAAUUGCAGGUGAUAUCUCAUAUUGCAGUUUCUGGCGACGGCAGUGAACUAAAAUAUGUUGGCUACCUACUCCAGUUGGUUAAGUUGGGUGUGGUUGUUUCUGGAAAUAAAACAUCAUCAGUCUUGAGGCAUUUGUACCAUGCAACUGGAAAUCUUGGAUUUCUUCGCUCACUGACAAUCCAAGUCGCAGAAAGUGAAGAAGAAAAUGAGAAUGUGAACAAGAGAGAUGCAUACCCGAUAUAUCCAAAGUAUCUUCACAAGCUAAAAAUCAGUGGCCUGAAAAAUGGAUUGCCUUCAUGGAUUGAAAAGCUCAAGGUACUUACCAAAGUGACCCUGCAUAUGACUUUCAUAACAGAACAUGACUUCGAAAUCCUUGGCCGGCUCACAAGCUUGUCCUUGUUUAAGCUCAAACAGGAUUCUUGCACUGGAUGUACAGUCACCUUCAAAAAAGAUGCAUUUCAGAGUCUCGAGUUCCUUCACAUUAAGUGCUCAGCCAUUACCAGUAUCAACUUUGACAAUGAGGCCUGUCUAAAGCUGAAGAGGUUAGCCUGGUAUUCUACAGGUGAACAAUCUCUUUUGGGGAUUGAGCGCCUUCCAAGGCUCAAAAAAGUCGAGCUGACAGGCAUAUUUGACUUGCAAAGCGUAGAAGAAGCAAUUGCAGCAAACGCGAACAAUCCUAUCUUCGUAACAAACUGA